AUGAAUUUAACAAUCAUCGACGAAGAUACUCUUAUCAUCUACUUGUCAACUAUAGGUCUCUAUGUUAUGCGUUAUGUUCUUAUGAUUAUGAUUGUUCUUGGUCUUAUCGGCAAUCUAUUCAAUGUGCUUGUUUUUCAUCAAAAGAAACUUCGAUCGAAUCCAUGUUCUUUUUAUCUCAUUACAUCUGCGUAUGCAAAUAUUAUUUGGAUUAUGACAAGUCCACUACCGAGAAUGCUUGCAACGUUUCAACUAGAUCUUUCAGAAAAUAUUACUCUUCUCUGUAAAAUACGUCGAUCACUUGCUUAUACAUGUUCGAGUUUAUCAAUGGCUUCGAUUGCAUUUGCUACAGUUGAUCGUUAUUUUGUUAGUAGUUCGCAAGUUGAAUAUCGUCAAUUAAGUUCAUUGCGUAGUGCUCAUCAUUUAAUACUCAUUACUGCAUUGAUCUAUUGUUUAAUAUUCGCUGAUAUGUUCUAUUGUCUCGAUAUCGUUGGUGUACCUCCGUCAAUUGUUUGUACAAUAAGUACAACACGAAUGUGUGGUCUUUACAAUGAAAUAGCUCGUUUAGUAGUACUUGUAUUCAUUCCAAGUAUGCUGAUUUUGAUGUUCGGAUGUGGAACUAUAGGAAAUGUAAAGAGAAGCAGACAACACAGCCGUCCACAAGGAAACGGUAUUCAUCACAUUGAUCGGCACCUUAUUCAAAUGGUGAUCGGUCAAGUAGUUUUAAUCAUGGUUUCCUAUAUUCCAAAUACAAUUCAACGUAUUUAUUUAGUUCUUACACUUGAUCUAGAGAAAACUCCAUUACGUUUACAAACAGAAAUAUUGACCGGCGAAGUAACAUUAUUAUUGACAACUUUGCAAAGUUCAUUAUCAUUUUACAUUUAUGCGACAACAGGUGGAACACUCUUUCGACAAACUUUUAAAAAAAUAUUCAUAAGUGGAUUUUCCAGAUAUUGCCACUUUGUAGAGAAUAGCCAUGCAGAAGAAAAUUUAGAGCUCCGUCAACUGAAAAAUAAUAUAGAAUAA